GAGCUGAGGGCCGAGAUGCUGGAGAUGCGGGACGUCUACAUGGAGGAGGACGUGUACCAGCUGCAGGAGCUGCGGCAGCAGCUGGACCAGGCCAGCAAGACCUGCCGCAUCCUGCAGUACCGGCUGCGCAAGGCCGAGCGCCGCAGCCUCCGCGCCGCCCAGACCGGCCAGGUGGACGGCGAGCUCAUCCGCGGUCUGGAGCAGGACGUCAAGGUCUCCAAGGACAUCUCCAUGCGCCUACACAAGGAGCUCGAGGUGGUGGAGAAGAAACGAGCGCGGCUGGAGGAGGAGAAUGAGGAGCUGCGGCAGCGGCUCAUCGAGACCGAGCUGGCUAAGCAGGUGCUGCAGACAGAGCUGGAGCGGCCGAGAGAGCAUUCCUUGAAGAAAAGAGGAACCCGCUCCCUGGGGAAAACAGAUAAGAAGCCUUCGGUGCAGGAGGACAGUGCAGAUCUGAAGUGCCAGCUGCACUUUGCCAAGGAGGAGUCGGCCCUCAUGUGCAAAAAGCUCACCAAGCUCGCCAAGGAGAACGACAGCAUGAAGGAGGAGCUGCUCAAGUACCGCUCGCUCUACGGGGACCUGGACGGCGCCCUGUCGGCGGAGGAGCUAGCGGAUGCCCCGCACUCACGGGAGGCCGAGCUGAAGGUGCACUUGAAGCUGGUGGAGGAGGAAGCCAACCUGCUGAGCCGCCGCAUCGUGGAGCUGGAGGUGGAGAACCGAGGCCUGCGGGCCGAGAUGGACGACAUGAAAGACCACGGGAGCGGCUGCGGGGGCCCCGAGGCCCGCCUGGCCUUCUCCACGCUGGGGGGCAGCGAGUGCGGGGAGAGCUUGGCGGAGCUGCGGCGACACUUGCAGUUCGUGGAGGAGGAGGCGGAGCUGCUGCGGCGCUCCUCGGCCGAGCUGGAGGACCAGAACAAGCUGCUGCUGACCGAGCUGGCCAAGUUCCGCUCCGAGCACGAGCUGGACGUGGCGCUGUCGGAGGACAGCUGCUCCGUGCUCAGCGAGCCCUCGCAGGAGGAGCUGGCUGCUGCCAAACUGCAGAUCGGCGAGCUCAGCGGCAAGGUCAAGAAGCUGCAGUACGAGAACCGCGUGCUGCUGUCCAACCUCCAGCGCUGCGACCUUGCCUCCUGCCAGAGCACGCGGCCAAUGCUGGAGACGGACGCCGAGGCUGGGGACUCCGCCCAGUGUGUGCCCUCUCCCCUUGGCGAGGCCCACGAGCCCCACGUGGCCCGGCUCUGCAGAGCCAGGGAGGCAGAGGCGCUGCCUGGACUGAGGGAGCAGGCCGCCCUGGUCAGUAAGGCCAUCGACGUCCUGGUGGCGGAUGCCAACGGCUUCUCGGCUGGCCUCCGACUGUGUCUGGACAAUGAGUGUGCUGACAACAGCGAGGGCCCCAGGGACGCCAAGCUCAUCCAUGCCAUCCUGGUGCGGCUGAGCGUGCUGCAGCAGGAGCUCAACGCCUUCGCGCGGAAGGCAGACGCCGCCCUUGGAAGCUCUGCCAAGGAGCAGCCAGAGCCCUUCUCGUCCCUGCCCGCCUUGGGCUCCCAGGGGCCCUCCAAGGAGAUUCUUCUGGCCAAAGACCUUGGCUCAGACUUCCAGCCACCUGACUUUAGGGAUCUGCCAGAAUGGGAGCCCAGGAUCCGAGAGCCCUUCCGCAAUGGUGACUUGGACUCCAAGCCUGACCCCAGCCGGAGCUUCAGACCUUACCGAGCUGAAGACAAUGAUUCCUACGCCUCUGAGAUCAAGGAGCUGCAGCUGGUGCUGGCUGAGGCCCAUGACAGCCUUCGGGGCUUGCAAGAGCAGCUCUCCCAGGAGCGGCAGCUACGGAAGGAGGAGGCUGACAACUUCAACCAGAAAAUGAUCCAGCUGAAGGAGGACCAGCAGAGGGCGCUCCUGAGGCGGGAGUUUGAGCUGCAGAGUCUGAGCCUCCAGCGGAGGCUGGAGCAGAAAUUCUGGAGUCAGGAGAAGAACAUGCUGGUGCAGGAGUCCCAGCAGUUCAAGCACAACUUCCUGCUGCUCUUCAUGAAGCUCAGGUGGUUCCUCAAGCGCUGGCGGCAGGGCAAGGUUUUGCCCAGCGAGGGGGAUGACUUCCUUGAGGUAAACAGCAUGAAGGAGCUGUACCUACUGAUGGAGGAAGAGGAGAUCAACGCUCAGCAUUCUGAUAACAAGGCCUGCACAGGGGACAGCUGGACCCAGAACACGCCCAAUGAGUACAUCAAGACCCUGGCCGACAUGAAGGUGACGCUGAAGGAGCUAUGCUGGCUGCUCCGGGAUGAACGCCGUGGUCUGACUGAGCUUCAGCAACAGUUUGCCAAGGCCAAGGCCACCUGGGAGACGGAGCGGGCAGAGCUCAAAGGCCAUACCACCCAGAUGGAGCUGAAGGCUGGCAAGGGAGCCGGGGAGAGGGCAGGGCCCGACUGGAAGGCAGCCCUACAGAGGGAGCGUGAGGAGCAGCAGCACCUCCUGGCUGAGUCCUACAGCGCUGUCAUGGAGCUCACGCGGCAGUUGCAGAUCAGCGAACGCAACUGGAGCCAGGAGAAACUGCAGUUGGUGGAGCGGCUGCAGGGGGAGAAGCAGCAGGUGGAACAGCAGGUGAAGGAGCUGCAGAACCGCCUAAGUCAGCUGCAGAAGGCUGCCGACCCCUGGGUCCUGAAACACUCAGAUCUGGAGAAGCAGGACAACAGCUGGAAAGAGACAUGCAGUGAGAAGAUCCACGACAAGGAGGCUGUUNNNNAAUACCACGUUUCGUCCUCUGCCCUUCGCAGGACCAAAUCUGUUUCUUCCAUGUCUGAGUUUGAAAGUUUGCUCGACUGUUCUCCCUACCUUGCUGGCGGGGAUGCCCGGGGCAAGAAGCUGCCCAACAGCCCUGCCUUUUCCUUUGUUAGUACCGAGCCGGUGGAUCCCGAGAAAGACACCAAGGAAAAGCCAGGCCUCUCGCCAAGGGAUUGCAACCGCCUGGGUGCCCUGGCCUGCCAGGACCCCGCAGGGAGGCAGAUGCAGCGCAGCUACACGGCUCCCGACAAGACGGGCAUUCGCGUCUACUACAGCCCCCCUGUGGCCCGGCGCCUGGGUGUCCCUGUGGUCCAUGACAAGGAGGGCAAGAUCAUCAUUGAGCCCGGCUUCCUCUUCACCACAGCCAAGCCCAAAGAGUCAGCUGAGGCGGACGGGCUGGCCGAGAGCUCCUACAGCCGGUGGCUCUGCAACUUCUCACGGCAGCGCCUGGACGGAGGCUCAGGGGGCAGCCCCUCAGCAGCCGGGCCUGGCUUCCCAGCAACCCUGCGUGACUUCGAGAUGUCGGGCAACAUGAGCGACGACAUGAAGGAGAUCACCAACUGUGUGCGCCAGGCCAUGCGCUCGGGCUCGCUGGAGAGGAAAGUGAAGAGCACAUCCAGCCAGACGGUGGGCCUGGCCAGCGUUGGCACCCAGACCAUCCGCACGGUCAGUGUGGGCCUGCAGACUGACCCACCCCGCGGCAGCCUCCACGGCAAGAGCUGGUCACCCCGCAGCUCCUCACUCAUGUCCGUGCGCAGCAAGCAGAUCUCCUCCUCCCUGGACAAGGUCCAUUCGCGCAUCGAGCGGCCCUGCUGCUCACCCAAGUAUGGCUCACCAAAGCUCCAGAGGCGGUCCGUGUCCAAGCUGGACAGCACCAAGGACCGCAGCCUGUGGAACCUCCACCAGGGCAAGCAGAAUGGCUCGGCCUGGGCCCGCUCUACCACCACGCGGGAUAGCCCUGUAUUGCGGAACAUCAACGACGGACUGUCCAGCCUCUUUAGUGUGGUGGAGCACUCAGGGAGCACGGAAUCUGUCUGGAAACUGGGCAUGUCCGAGGCCCGGGCCAAGCCGGAGCCUCCCAAGUACGGCAUUGUGCAGGAGUUCUUCCGUAAUGUGUGUGGCCGGGCACCCAGCCCCACCUCGGCAGCAGGAGAGGAGAGCACCAAGAAGCCAGAGCCCCUCUCCCCGGCCAGCUACCACCAGCCAGAGGGCGUGGCCAGGAUCCUGAACAAGAAGGCGGCCAAGCCAGGCAGCAGCGAGGAAGCCAGACCCACCAUGCUCCCCCAGGUGGGGAAGGAUGGUGUCCUCCGAGAUGUAGACGGAGCCCUGGUCCUUCCCAGUGAGGAUGCCAUUUGUGACUGUAGCACCCAGUCUCUCACCUCCUGCUUCGCCCGGCCGUCCCGCUCUGCCAUCCGCCACUCUCCUUCCAAGUGCAGGCUGCACCCUUCAGAGUCCAGCUGGGGUGGGGAGGAGAGGGCGGCCCCCCCCAGCGAGUGACAGAGCAGCAGAGCUCCCUGCCUCAACCAGCCCCGUCCCUGGAUAGCAG